AUGCCUGCCCUCUUCCACCAAUACUUGCCCUCCCCUUCCCCCUUCCCUCACUUCUCCCCCCACCGCUUCCACCGCACCCCCCCACCCCAUUCGGCCCCUCCUCUUUUUUUCUCGCUCUCGUUUCGUCUGCUCGCACUCGUGUGCGCCGUCCUUCUAAACUCAUCUGCUCUCCUCUUCUCCUGCGCGCGCGUCUCUCACGGCAACAGCACCAGGCGGCACCAUGGAGGGGGAGGAGGGGGCGGAAGGGGAGGGGAAGGAAGGGGGGGCGCAGGAGGAGUUGCGGUUGCUGGUGGCGGCGCUAUUGGCGUCGCAAUGGGCGGCGGCGGUGGCGGUGGCGGCAUGGUUAUGGGAGCGGCUUUCGCGUUUGGCAUGAUGGCGAUGGGAGGCGCGGCGGCCAUGCAAGCGUCAGGGGAAGGUUCGACUAUUAAGAGGCCAGACGAGUUGGUGUACGACGGGGGAGGCGGAGGCGGGGGAGGGUUGGGGGGAGGAGGCGGAGGGGGCGGGGGAGGGGGAGCAGGUGCGGAUGCGUCCCGGCACGUGCUGACAGCUCCGCUCAGGUCGGCGCAGCCGCAGGAGGAGGAUGCGCGCGGGGGAGUGGAGGGCGGGAGGCACGCGGAGAGGAGGGGCGUGGCGGAGAUUGGGGGCGCGACGAGUUGGCGCAUGAGGGGCGGGGAGGAAGAGGAGGAGGAGGAGAGGGAGAUGGAGAAGGAGAGGGAGCGGCGGUUGGAGCACGCGAGGCAAGCGACUCAUGGCGGACGCGCGGCGGCUACAGCCGCGGAGCACCAUCUGGUGUCGGGCGCGCGCGUGACGACGGCGCCAACGCUGGCGUCGGAGGAGGCGGCGCUGCAGAUCGGCAACGAGAGCGAGGGCGCGUCGCCGCGCGCGGAGGAGGACCGCGAGAACGAGGGCACGUCCGCCGAGUCCACGCGCGAGGCGUCCGCGGAGGCCAUGCUGCUGGGGGGGCUCACGCUCGCGGGGAAAGCUGGCGCGCCGGACGCCGCUGCCGCCGCUGCCGCCGCCGCUGCUACGGGCGCGGUUGUGGCUGGUCUCGUACCUGCUGCAGAAGGGGUUCCGAACCAAGGCGCCGACAGGCUUGGUGGCGUUGGGAGCGGUGCUGCGCGGUGGGGCAGAGUGGGGGGAGGGAGGGGGAGAUGCAAGGGGGUGGCGGAAAAGGUAAUGCCCGGGGAGGCGGAGAUACGGGACGAUGGAGGGGGCGGGGCGGCGCGGAGGGGCGCGGAUAAAGAUGGCGCCGCAUGCACCGGACCGAGCAGGAGAGUGGUUGAGGGGCGGAUGAUUCUCGAGACGGCGCAAGAAGGGCGGGCAGGGGAGGACGUGGAGAUGGGGGAGGGGGACGAGGAAGAGAGGGGUGUGAGAGAGGGCGGAGAGGGGAGGGAGGAGGAGGAGAAGAGGCGCGGGUGGGAUGAGGGCAUGGAGGUGGAGGGGGAAGAGGAGGGGCGGAGGGGAGGUGUUGGAGCGGUUGGGAAGGAGCGGGAGAUGGCGAGGGGCGAGGGGGAGAAGGGCGGUGGCGGACAGCAGCAAAGGCAGCAGCAAGAGCAGCGCGAGCAUCACCCACUGCAUCCUCUGAAAGUCUCCGCCUUCUCACGUUCCCAACCGCUGCGCGUUUGGCUUGGACCAUUUCCUCUCCGCUCUUCCAUUGUCAUUGCCCUCCAUUCCUCAGCAUCUUUCCCCCGUCUCUCCGUUUCUCUCCCCUCACUCGCCUUUCCAGCUAUCACACGGCCGGCCCGACGAACAUUCCAGCAGCCAAUCACAGCCUGCCACCUGGACCACCGUCAGCUGCUCUGCCAUCUGGCACAGCCGCAGCAGCUGCCGCCACGGGCGCAGCAGCACAGCGCGCAGGCGCACAUCCGCCGCCCCCAUUCGCGCACCAACCGCCGUGCGACCCGUUGCUACACGCGCAUGCCCUGGCAAGCGCACGCAGCGCCGUCCCAUCCGCGCAUGCCCCGCACGCGCCUAUCAUCCACCCCCCUGACCGCCACGGUUCCGCCACGCAGCAGCAUCUGGCGGCGCAGCACGAGCAUGAGGCGUCGGGCAACGUCUCCUCCGCGCUCACAGCGUCGCACGGCGCGCUCGCCGCUGGCGCCCAUGCGCGCAGCUGCUGGCGCGCGUGGGAAGGGCGCGAAAUCGGCGCACGUGGCGCACGCCGGGGCGCCUGGGGCGCACAGGGGGGGGAAAGGGGCGCAAGCAGGCAGGGUCGUUGGCUUUUGUGACGCCAUGACGGAAGGCCUCGUUCAGAAAGACGUGCGCGCGUUCCCCCUCAUGCCAGGUGCGAUGGACGCUGCUGCUGCUGCUGUCCGCGUGGGUCAUAUGGUGGUGGGGCAACCGCAGCAGCAGUUGCAGAAGCAGCAGGUGCUGUGCAAGCCGCCACCUGCCUCUGCUGCUGCCGCCACUGCUGCUGCCGCGGGGAAAGGCGAUGCUGCUUGCGUGUGCGCGGGCGCAGAUGCUGCCGGUGCUGCUGGUGCGUCUGCUGUGGGGAUGCGAGGUGGAGAAGGUAGCAUGGGAGCUGGCGCCGGCACACCUGGCGCGCUCUCGCACUCCCCCGCGGAUGCGCGGGGUGGGGGGCUGCUGCUCAGCACCUCGGGUUGCCCCGGGGGGAGAGAGGGCGGGGGAAGCGGCGGAGGGGGAAGCGGGGGUGGGGGAAGCGGGGGAGGAGGGAGCGGGGGAGGGGGAAGUGGGGGAGGAAGCAGAGGGGAGGGUGGUAGUGGUGGGGGAGGCAGUGGGGGCAACGGAAGCGGUGGAGGGGGGAAUGGCAGUGGGGGGAAUGGGAGUGGGGGGAACGGGAGCGGGGGCAACGGGAGUGGGGGGAACGGGAGGACGGAUCGGUCUGGUGCUGGGGAGUUGACCGAGGCAACAACAGCGUCAGUGACGGGAGCACAGCAGCCGAGGCGGCGGCAGCAGACCCACCACCACCUGGCGAAACACCUGCUGCCGCCCCCCCCGCCCCUCCCUGUCGCCGGUUCCUCCCCGGGUCUGAGACCCAAGGAAGCAAGGAGAGAAGGGAGAAGAGACGAUGAGGAUGAAGGGGCGGGAGGAGGAAGGGAGCAGGGAGAAGCGAGAAUGGACUUGGAUGGUGUAGCGGGGGCUGAGGGGAAGGAGGAGAGGCGAGAAGGAGGGAAGGGGAAGAAUGAGGGGAAGGUAGGAGGGGCGGAGAUGGCCUGUCCGGAGAGCAUGACUCCUGCGUCGCCCAGAGGUCCCGGGCAGCCGGGGAAAGCGGUGCAGAGAGCACAGCAGCAGGAGAGCCAUGGCAAGGUGCGUGUCUCAUCGACAGAAGCUCUGCACUGGGUGGAAGAGUCUAAGGCACUGCAGCAGGAACAGGCGAAUGCGAACGCUAGUGGGAGUCCGGAGGGGGGUGGUUCCAACCCUCACAACGUUGCUGCUGCUGCAGGGGUGGCAGGCGCAGCAGCAGCAGCGGGCGCAGGUCCGGUAGCUCUUUCGGGGCACCACCGAGCCUCGGCCGCAGCUGCGGCUGCCGUGCCUCGAGGCGAGGUUGGGAACGAUGGGAGCAGCAACGUGUACGCGAAGGGCGGGGGUGGCGGCGGCGGCGGUGGUGGCUGCGGCGGCGGUGGCGGAGGGGGAAGGAACGCGCGGGAAGGAGUUAUCAACAGCAGCAGCAGCGGGGGGGACGGCAACGGGGAUGGGAAUGGAAGCUCGGAGUAUAAUGAGAGUGGGGACACGGGGAGAGACAUGGCGGGCAGCGCUCGCGCAGGGAGCGGCGGGCGGAGUGGCAGUGGGCAAGGGUCGGGCGGAGGGGGGAGCGGACAGGGGGGUGGCGGAGGCAGCGGAGGCGGGAGGGGAAGCGGGGGCAGCGGGGGCAGUGGGGGGAGUAAACGCGGGGCUGCAAGCGCGAAUGGGGCGCAUGAGUGGAGCAGAACGGGGGGAGGCGCGGGGGGCGGGCGGGGGAUACAGGCGCUGUUGUCUUGCGCCAAUGGCAGUGCGGUGGGGUCUAAGGACCAGGCGCAUGACACUGCGGGCAUGACAGGCGCGGGCGGACGCUUCCAGUCCCCCCGACGGGGUAACGGCGGAGGGGGGAGCGGAGGGGAGGGAGGUACUGGCGCGGGGAAUGGGAUUGAAGGGAUGGGAAGUGGGGGAGAAGGCGGAACGGGGGGCAGGGGUGGGGAAGGCAGUGGUGGGGAUGGGGGAGGGAGUGGGGGAGGAGGGGGCUCGGGAAGAGGAAGUGAUGGGGGAGAGGGGAGUGGGGGGGAGGGAAGCGGAGGGGACGGGGGAACAGGGGGGCAGGCAAUGGGGAUGGGAGGCGGGGGGGCGGAUGAGGGGAGGAGGCAGUCAGGGGGACAGUCAGUGAGGCGGGAGGGGAAUGCCAUGGGCGGAGAUGGCGGAGAGGGGGACAGGGAUGGUGGAGAGAGGAACAGAGAUGGUAUUAUUCCCACCACUGCCACCGCCGCUGCAGGAUCUGGUGCUAACAAUGAGGCACAAGGGGGCUUGGAAGGGAUGAGGGAGAGGGGGAGGGGGAGUGCGUCGGAAGCAACAGAGGCUUUAGAUGUGGCCGCGAGGGAUUUGAGAGGCGAGGGCAGCGGUGGCGAGGCAGAGGGGGCGGAGGGCAGUGUUGGGCGAGAGGAAAGUUGCGCUGCGUGUGCGGGUGGUGUGGGUGAUGUGGGUGGUGCCGCGGGUGUGGUGGGGCGGAAACGAGGCAGAGAGGAGGAGGCAGGGGGUGAGGACAUGGCAGUGAUGGUUGGAAGGGAGUCGGGAGGCAAGAGCAGCAAGAGGCACGAGUGGCUCACUGAGGGGAUAGGGGCAGCAGGCGAGGCAGAGCGGAUACAGGCGCAGCAGCAGGAGCAGCAACAGGAGCAGCACGGUCAAGUGGAAGAGGAGGAGGAGGAGAGGUGUGAGGGUGCGGAUGUGCACAUGAGAGGCGGUCCUCAGGAGAUGCAGCAGGAGGAGGAUGGGGAGGAGACAGAGGAUGAGAAGGAAGUGGAGGAUGGUGGCGAGGAGCAUGGGGUAGCCGGGAGGGAGGAGGCGGGACAGGAAGAGGGAGCAGCAGGGCUGCUGUCGCUAUCCGCCUCUCUCGCUGCACCCGCUAUGCCUUCCCCUGCACCUCCCGCACCUGCUGCUGCCGCUGCUGUUGCAAGCCUGGUGGGAGACGUAGCUGAAGGGGCAGAUGGGGGAGGGGAGCAAUCAGUGCGUAGGGCGGAAGGUGCAUACGGUGUAGAGGAAGCAGGAGGUGCAGAGGGGGCAGAGGGCAGCGGAGGGGUGAUGAGUCGGCAGGCGGUGCGGGAGGCGGCUCUCAAUAAGUUCCGGCUGAAGCGCAAAGAGAGGAACUUUGAAAAGAAGGUGCGUCCACGUUCCUUGCAACUCCUGGUGGCACUCGCCCUCUGCUUGUCCCACUCCACCACCAUACUCCCUGUCUUUCCUCCUUUUACUUCCAAUGGUGCCACCGAUUACCCUCAUGGUGUACCUUCUGCUGCUCAUGCCCAUGUUCCCCUCCCACCUCCUUCUCUUUCUGCUGCACCCUCUCUUUUGCCCCCGUUGCCCACCCCCUGCUUACUCCACUCCACCCUCUCGGUCCCCGCCCUUCCCCCUUUCCGUGCUUGCUUGCGUCACCAUGUGCAGGUGCGCAGCGCCUGCCUCUCCCUGCUGCUCAGGAACCCUCCUGAGAGCAGUUACAGUGCAGCAGUGGCGGAUAUGAGCUAUGGUGCAGCUGUUGCUGAUAUCAACGGUCCUGAUUCGUCUGGUGGCGUGCCUGCUGCUGCCUUCCUUGCUGCUGCCCCCUCUUCUGCUGCUGCUGCUGUUGUGGGGGAGGGUGUUGGAGGCUUGGGAAAGAGGGCGACGGUGGUGUGCGUGGACAACUCCGAGUGGAUGCGGAAUGGCGACUACGCGCCGUCGCGCUUCCAGGCGCAGGCGGACGCGAUUAAUCUCAUCUGUGGCGCCAAGACGCAGUCGAACCCCGAGAACACGGUGGGCAUUCUGACGAUGGGGGGCAAGGGCGUGCGCGUGCUCGUCACCCCCACCGCCGACCUCGGCAAGAUCCUCUCCACCAUGCACGGUCUGGAGGUGGGGGGAGACACGAAUUUGCUGUCAGGGCUGCAGGUGGCUCAGCUGGCGUUGAAGCACCGGCAGAACAAGAACCAGCGCCAACGCAUCGUGCUCUUUAUUGGCAGCCCUGUAGCGGCUGACAUUGAGACAUUAGUGAAGGCGGGCAAGCGGCUGAAGAAGAACAACGUGGCCUUGGACGUGGUGAGCUUCGGGUGGGACGGCGAGGACGAGGAGAAGCAGGCCAAGCUGGAGGCGCUGCUGGGCGCCGUCAACAGCAACGACAACUCGCACCUCCUGCACGUGCCGCCCGGCCCUGCCGUGCUCUCAGACGUGCUCAUCAGUUCUCCCGUGUUCACAGGAGACGGGGAGGGCGGCAGUGGUUUCGCAGCAGCAGCAGCGGCAGGGGCAGCAGCGGCGGCGGCAGCAGGGGGCGGGGGACUGGGGGGCGACUUUGACUUUGGCGUUGACCCCAGCGUUGACCCUGAGCUCGCCCUGGCCCUGCGCGUGUCCAUGGAGGAGGAGAGAGCCCGCCAGGAGGCUGCUGCUAGGAAGGCAGCUGCUGAGCAACAGACUGGUGCUGCUGGUGCUGAGGGUGCUGAGGGUGCUGGGGGGAGUGGAGGGGAGGGUGGGGCGUCGGGAGAGGGGGCGAAGGGGGAUGUGGCGAUGGGGGAGGGGGAGAAGAAGGCGGAGGAGGGGCGGGCCACUGCUGCUCCUGCUGCUGGUGAUGUUGCUAUGGUGAGUGGUGGCAUGAUGGAAUGUGGGGUGGGACUUGGUUGGCAGCAAGUACUGAUCUGCAUCACUCGCUUAUCUUUCACUCCCUCUUCAUCUGCCCUGUUCGCCCCGUGUAUCCGCCUUGUUCAUUCUUCCGCCCUGUUCCCCCUGUUCUUCUCCCUGUCUUCUCGCACACACCAGGACGAGGAAACAGCGCUGCUGCAGCAGGCACUGGCAAUGUCAAUGGCAGCAGGGGCGGCAGGAGGGGCGGGAGAUGCUGCCAUGCUGGAUGCCGCUGCUGGAGGGGAGGAUGCUGAGCUGGCACUCGCCCUGCAGCUGUCGAUGCAGGAGGCAGCGGAGGAGGGCAAGAAGGAGGCUGCAGCAGCAGCAGCAGGGGCGGCAGGUGAAGCACCUGCAGCAGCAGCGGCGGCGGCGGCGGCGCCUGGAGAUGUGGACAUGAGUCAAGUGUUGGGCGAUGCUUCCUUUGUCAACUCCAUCCUUUCUUCGCUGCCAGGGGUAGAUCCCAAUGACCCCUCUGUGCGGGACGUGCUCGCCUCACUCGCCCCCUCCCAGCCCCCCAAGGAUUCGGAAGAGAAGCCUAAGGAAGACAAGUGA